UUUACGAAUACAAAAUGACGGGGUUAUCGUUCGAGUCGUGCAAUUUUUUAUUUUUAAACAUCUUUGACGAAUGCUGUUACGAGAAGCAUUAGUUGCGUUUGGAGAUUUGUCGCGAAAUUAUAUAUCGGAUUUGCGUUUGAAAUGCGCGUGGCAGUGGUGGGCGCCGGUGUGAUCGGCAUGACAAGUGCGUUCGCGGUGAAAAGCAGUUUUCCACAAUUCGAGGUGCAGAUAUUUUCGGAUAAAUUUUCACCAGCAACUACCGGCGACGGAAGUGCCGGUAUGUGGAGUCCUUAUCUUCUCGGAAGCACUCCUUGUGACAAAAUAUCACAAUGGGGUGAAAUCACGCAUCGUUGGUUGGAAAACUUUUGGAAAGCGGGCUUGGCUUCUGAAAUAGGACUCUCCUUGAUACCGGUAUACCGUGUUACCAGUAAUCCCGAUGGUUUCUUCGAUUUAGCCUGGACGAAAGUGGUGUACGGUGCGUACGAACUAAAUCCCAGUGAAUUGGAGAAACUAAACGUAGAGUGGAAUGCCAAUUAUAAACACGGAUGGAUGUUCCUGACGUAUACGUGCGAGCCAGUUAGAUUGUUGCCUUGGUUAAUGAAACGAUUCCUCCACAUAGGCGGAAAAAUACGAAACAGGAAAAUUCACACGUUCAACGAACUAAUCGACGAUGGAUACGACUUAAUAAUAAACUGUAGCGGCCUCGGUGCACAUGAACUCGUGGGUGAUAACGCCGUUAGGUCUAUCAGAGGUCAAGUUGCUAGGGUGACGGCAUCCUGGGUAAUGCACGGGUUAUUGGUAGACGACGACGAUGGAAAUUACAUAAUACCGAACAUCGACAGUGUAGUGUUGGGUGGUACGCACCAAGAGAACGAUUUCGACUGUACACCACGAGAAGAAGACUCAGAAUUCAUUUAUAACGGAUGUGUGCGCAUUUUACCCGCUCUGAAAGGAGCCGAAAUAGCGAAGGAGUGGGUUGGCCUGAGACCUGGAAGGUACCAAGUUCGUAUUGAAGCUGAAGUUUGCAGGUCUUCUAAAGGCAGACAAGUUACGGUAAUACACAAUUACGGACACGGAGGGAGUGGCGUGACGUUAUGCUGGGGCUGUGCUUUGAACGUCGUGAACAUCGUAGAGAAUAUGACGAGUUUGAAAUCGAAUCUGUAAAGUCUUAGAUAAGCGAGAGAUAAUAAAAGAUCUUUUUCCAAAGAA